UGGAACACGAUGUAUCUACUGGGGGCUGCAGCUGGGGGAGAUACUGUGUAUCCGACAGAGGAGAAGUAGCGAACUCAGCAGCAGCAGCAUCCAGGCCGAGAUAUUCCCUAUGGCACUUAGCAGUUAGAUGUAAUACCUUCAAUUUAAAACCGGCGAAUGUAUUUCUGGAAACACCGGCGGUGGCGGCAGGUUUCGGAGAAGGGGAUGUGGAGCUGAACUCUGCGCCUGGAAAGUGACAAGGUUUCAAUAAAUCGUCUAGAUCUUGCAACAGUCCCCGUGUGACAAUGGCAACAGUGGUGAUGGAUCAGAUUGGCAGACUCUUCAUCAACAUCCAGCAGAUCCGUCAGAUCCCCAGCCUGGUGGAGCAGUCUAUCCCUAGCAUGCCGUGCCCUGUGAAGGAUUCUGAAGUGCCGCAGAUAUUUCGGGAGCAGUAUAUCUACUCUGGCUACAGGCCAGUAAAACAGAGUUGGCGCUACUACUUCUUCACCUUGUUCCAGCGGCACAAUGAAUCUGUCAACGUUUGGACCCACCUGAUUGCUGCGCUGGUCGUCCUCCUCAAAUUAAAGAAGCUGUCCGAGACAGAGGAGUUUUUGUCUGAUCCCCAUGCGCUACCACUAUUGAUCCUUCUCCUCUCUGCCUUCACCUACUUGACUUUCAGUUCCUUGGCCCAUCUCUUUCACUCAACCUCUGAAUUUGCCCACUAUUCCUUCUUCUUCUUGGACUAUGUUGGCGUGGCCAUCUAUCAGUAUGGUAGUGCAUUGGUCCAUUACUACUACUCUGUUGAAGAGGAGUGGUACCACAUUAUUAAGCCUUUCUACCUCCCAAUGGCUACCAUUUUGGCUUGGCUGUCCUGUGUGGGAUGCUGCUACUCAAAAUCCAAUGCUAAGGUGCUGUGCCCUUGGACACGCAAACUCUACCAAGUAGUGCCAGCAGGGCUGGCCUAUAUAUUAGACAUUAGCCCUAUAGUGCACCGGAUAAACAAUUGCUAUUCCUCUGGUUGCACCGAUGACACCAUUUGGUACCAUUCAGGCCAGAUCAUCUUCUUCCUCAUCAGUGCUCAUUUCUUCUCUUGCCCUCACCCAGAGAAGUGGUUCCCGGGGAAGUGUGACAUUUUCCUGCAGGGGCAUCAGAUUUUCCACGUGUUCAUUGUCCUGUGUACCCUGGCCCAACUGGAAGCUGUCCAUUUGGAUUAUAAAAACAGACAGCACUUCUAUCAGAUUUGGCACAGAGAUUCCACCUGGUCUGUGAUCACCAGUUUUGUACUCCUUAUCUCCUUCAGCAUUGCCACAAUGUUUUACAUGAGGCACCUCAUUAAAAUCAAACUGAGCCACAAGGAGAAAUGAAGACUGUCACUUCCUGAGUUAUUAUCUUCAACAUUUAGGACACUUUCAACUUUUGUGUGUGUGGUUGAAGGGAGAAGAGGGAAGGGUGGCUCUAUCUGUUGAGUGGUGGAAUGGGGAUUUUUAUUCUUGGCUUGAACUUGACCUCCAAUUUGUUUUGCAGUGAGACAAAAUAACAUGUUCCAAAGUUGCUAUUACAUAAACAAAAUUGUCAUGUUAGUGAAACUCCGUUGCUGAACAUUCAGCUUCGGAUGUGAAUUCAAAGUGCUGGUUCAAACCACAUGUUCUGUUAUAAUUAAUUUGUUCAAGUGUUGCUGUGUCAAGUUCAGACAAUGAGUGACUUUUGGUCUUGUGUUAUUCAAUAUGGCGUGUCUAAAUAUGCCUGAAUAUGAAAAGUGAUGGGUCUAAAUUUAAUUAUUUAACUGAGCAACACUUCCUUGGCCUGUUCACUUAACUUGUCCAACUUUACUCAACUCAGGAUGCUGGAUAUCUAAACCAGUUCUGGAGAAACUCAGCAGGUCUGGCAGCACCUAUAGGAAGAAGGCAGAGUCAACCUUUUGAACCGUGUGAUCCAUCUUCAAGACUUGUUCUUCAGGGAGAAGGGUCAUUGAACUCUGAAGCAUUCAUUCUUGUUUUCUCUCUACCGAACCUGUGAGCCUUGCUGUGUUUCUCCAGCAUUUUAUUAAUUUCCCUGCUUUCUUUAGGUCGUAUUCAAUAUUUCCAACUAUCCAGAGUUAUACUCAAACUGAAUAAUUUGGCUGAUUGACUGAUGAAAUGCUUUAUCGAGUACCAAAGCGAACAUAUCAGAUUGGUCAAGAAGUUUGCACAUUGUUGUGUCAUGCUGAUCUGUGAGUGAUAAUUAGUGGUCACCUCCCAAUGGUAUCUUUUAAUGGUAGAAAUGAAAUAACAUUGGCAAAGCAUUCCUGACAGAAUCAGUGCAGCACCUUUUCUGCUUCUCAACCAUUUGGAUGUUUCAAUUCCAUACCAGUGUGUCCCAUUCAACUCCUGAUUAGCUGACUUGAAGAUUUUUUUCAGUGACAUUGUCUGCUACAUUUGAUAUCAUUGCAAGCUCAGUUGGUGUAAUGUCAGUAGAGGUAGAAAGGAGAUUUCCUGGUAAACGCCAUUAGAUAUUCUACACGAUUAGAAAAUCUUUCAAAAGUCGGUGUACAGUUUGCCAAGUGCUGUUUUCUACCAUUUAAUACCAGAUAACUUCGAAAAAUUUUGUUGUUUGUUUGCAAUGCUUUACUAUUUGAGGCACCUUAGGACAAAAGAUUAAAUAUACUUGCAUUUGUGUAGAGUCUGUCAUGAUCGCAUGAUGUCCCUCUGUAUCCAAUUUAAAAUUCUUUUAAUGAACUGUUGUUGCUCUGAUAAAUUAGUAAACGUGGUAUUUAACUUGGAUAAAGCACAAACAAAUUAGAUGAUAACAAUUAUGAUCAUUGGUUGAAACAUACAGUAUUGGCCAAGAUACUGGAGAAAACUCCCUUCUUGACUUUGAAAUAAUGAAAUGGAUUGAUUAUGCCCUCCUGAGACAAUAGGAAAGGUCUCAGUUUAACAAUGAAAUGAUAUCUUCAUUUCAACAUACCAUGAAUCCAGAAUUGAGAGUAUUAGCAUACAUUUGGAGUAGGAUUUGAUCCCAUGGUCUCUUGAUUUGAGGAAAAAGUAUUACUUACUAAGCCUUGGAUGAUCAGGGUGCAGGUUUAAGAUCUAACAGUAUUGCAGUAAGAAAUUGUCACACGUACCAAAUAAAUUAUGCUGCUUAUUGCACAAAUAGUGAAAGCUAGUUAAUUUAUGGUUCAGAAGUGUAGAUUUGAUUCCCAUUCCAGCUAAAGUAGACAUAUGACCUUUCUGCUCAUCUCACCACUAAGGGUGGAAAGCAAUGCCAAGACAUUCUGGACAAAAAAUGCAAAGGAAACAACUCCAUGAUGAAGCAACAUCAGAUAAUGGGCUACAGACCUGCCUUUGGUAAGAGCACACAUGAAUGAAUGUAGGAGAUCUCCAGUUGGUGAAUGAAAAGAAGUCUAUUGCAAAUGGACCCCUUCUUAAUUGGAUAUGAACGGUGUUGAGUAUCUGUGAAUGUUCCAAGAGAAAUUAAUACAUUUGGUGCUGUCUUUCGUGAGCUAAGUGCUGACUUAAGUAGAGACACUGCCUCUUGUUCCUCAUUCCUUAAUGCAUCAUUUUGUUGAUGCCCUAUUUCUUUGUUGGAAAGUAAAGUGAAUCGUGGGCUUUGGCUCUUUCUCUAAUAGUCACUUUCAGGAUUGGCAAGGGAACAAAUGGAGAGUGCAUUGAUGACGUAAACAUUUUUCAGCCUCUCCACUCGUACUUACUCUAAAAUAAAAGUUUAUUUAAGCCUA